UGCCAUACAAGGCUUUUUUUUUCUCUCUUUCUCGCUUGACAAUUUUCUUCCGGUGGUUUUUUAUUUCCACAAGAGCUUCCGACCCUACUCGAAACUGCGGCGAAGAAGCUCGGUUGACGUGAUUUUUUCUUCUCUCAAAACUUGUGACUAUUAGGUGCACGGUUCAGUUUAUUGGCAAACAUCUACAUCGAUAGGGUGAAAUUAUUUUUUUCGAGUAACUUCAUGUUAUUUGUUGAUUCAUCUUCGGACUCGUCCAUCAAGCCGCUCCUCCAACCCCUGCUAGACUUCCGUGGCCAGGCGUCAUCAGCCCAAACAACAUUAGUCGCUCGCUUCCGGUCUCCUGUCGGGGGUACUGCCACCCGCCUGCCACCUACCUUGCACAAGUAGCGCCCGACCCCGCCGCAACGAAUCGAUCAUCUGCGCCUAAAACCGCAGUCGCAUCUUGCGCUCUUCUGGAGCUGACCUGAACAACCUCGUGCUGACACCACGACGAUUACCAUCUUACAUUACAUUAUUUACUUCGCCUCACUUUACCCAUACCUCAUUCAAAUUCUCCCUUCUGUCGUUUCACUUUGCCAACGAACUCUAUUUCUGGGCUCAAAAACGGUUCGGCUUUGCGCCGUUUGAUUCUCAAUCACGUUGUUCCUCACGAGUGACGGAAGUGAACAUACAUCUAUGUCUCCUCAAUCAACCCGCAAUGCACCAAAAUAUCAAUGCCAACAACAGCCACCGCCGGCAGGGCCAGGGCAGGCGUCGCCAGAGCCGGAACACAACUCAGUCGCCAGCGACACGUAAAUACUAUGCAUCCGAGAACGACGUGGCCGACAUGCCAGUCGACGCUGCAUUCCAGAAAGAAAUGUUUACCUCCGGACCUCAAACACCGCGCAAAUUCAGCCCUCCCAGCCCGACGACUACUACGGAUUCCUCUCUGCAUCCGAACUCCCAGCCCAAGCAGCGAAGUGGCAACAAGAACAGAUCCAAGAACCAUACUGCUUCGCCAGGUCCCAUGAAGGGGGCACGUAAGACUCCGCCACCGACCGCGGUUUCGGCCAAGGGCCCAUCGGUUGCUGCCUUUGCCGGCGCAACGUUCCACGCUUCCCCGGCGCCUUCCUCGCUCCCGAUCCCCAGCUUCAUGGCAAAAUCUGUCCCCGACUCGCCGGGGGUUGCGCCGCCUGGAAGACUUUUCAACCCCGAACCUUCGCCACCCCCGACCGACUCUGAGAGGCCGACUCCGGUGAACAAGUCAGGUGUUGACAAGCUUACCCGGGAAGAGUCUCCACUCGACUUCUUCUUCCGCGCUGACAAGGCAGAGAAGGAGAGAGCGCGCCGAGCAAGCUCUGCGAAUGCGAUCACGGAUCUGCCUAUCGGGCCUUUCUCGCCGCCAUCGCAACCUCGUCUUCCCCGGGAAAAUGGCUCUGGGCCUUCUCGCGCAGGCGACAGCCCUUUGCAGCAUAGCCGGCGCACUCAGUUUCCGAUGAACCCUGCAGACGGACAUAUGGCGAACGAGUCCAGCAACACACCAGCAAAGAUGAUGGGCCCGGCGUUCUCAACUCCAUAUCAGGACCGUAUCAGGGCGGCAAGAUCUUCCGAAAAACCAGUCAGAGGCUCACACUUCAAUCAGCCGCGCUAUCUCCAGCAGCAGCAAGAACAGCAGCAACAGCAGCAGCAACAGCAACUGGCCGUGGACCGCAGUGAGGCCCUCAAGCAGUUCUUGUUCGCUGGAACGGCUCCUCAUGCUCCUCCAGUGGCUUACCCGCAACCCGCCACUGCUCAGGCAUACACGACUCAAAUUCCGAAUGGCUCUUCGGUACACCAAGGUCAGGGCAGCUCCCAACCUGGCGGUAACAUUACGCAGCAAUCGUCAGAACUGCUGGCAAUCGAAGACGGCCUUCGCCGAAUCCUUAAGCUGGACUCUUCUCUUCACAUGGGAGUGCAGUCACCAGCAUUCGCCAACGCUCAUUCCACCUAAAACCGCUGUUGAUGCUCUGUUUUACGAUGAGCCUUACGUUAAUUACUCACACUCUCUCAACUGUCACUCGCUACAAGUCUAUUCUCUUUCGACUGUUUGAGGCAAAAUGCCUCCUUACAUACACUAUUUCCUUGCGCACAUUUCAUAGGCAGCUCAUGAGUAUCAGGCCGUGGAUCUACUAAAUCUUCUUUGCUUGCUCGAUAUGAUCCGUCACUUUAGGCGUUUUGGGUGGCCGGUCUCGAUCGACUGCCGGCGUAUUGGUUGCAUUGGGUCGACAGCGGAACAUAUUUUGCUACGCUUUGGGGUCAAUUCCUUACUUUUGUUUGCUUUCGGCGCCUGCUAUUCUUUGGGACUCCCGGAUGGCUUUCCGGUUCAUCAAAUUCGGACUGGGCACAAGGUUGUCGGCUUUCUGAUGGCUUUGCGUUUCGAUUAUGUUCUCAUCAACGAGUCCCACUUCUGCUUAUCUUAUUUUUUCUUUGUUGUUAUUGGUCUUUACAUCUCUUUUUACUCAUAUUCGUUGUUAUACGAGAUAUAUUUCUCUUCGGCAAUGUAAAUUUUGGGGGUUCCGACUUCGAUGGAUUUUUUUGGCCACAUUUGGUAUGGGCAUCAUUGGGGGCUUGUUGUUGUUGUUGCUGUUAUCAGCGAGCGCAGGUCGGAACUGGUUCGUUUUUUUUUCCUUUUUUUUUUUUUUCUUUUGAGGAUACCCAUUGCUGUUGGGCUUUUCAUCUGGGAGGGGAAGGUCAGCGGUGCCGGCCUCCUACAUAAAGCUAUUCGGGCUUUCUUUUUAUUACACUAGAGCAGGGGGGAUGUCGAAGACAGAGGAGGGAAGCCAGCGGGUUGGCUGAGGAUAAGAAUACGUUUGGAGAUGAAACUAUGACGGCCCAGCUGAUGGCGUCACGCAACACACGAACCAGCCCAUGCGGAGAGGUCAUGGAAAGGAAUAAUGAUCCUGGGGCCAACAAUGGUCCAUCCAAGCGUGGUCUUCCUGUCGCCUUUGCGACUACGAGCAUCAACUGCGAAGCACGCAAACAAACAAAAAAAAAUAUUUUUUUUUCUCUUUUCGGGGGGAUACGGUGGUCCAUUGACCAAUUACAGUUGACAUUAAAGCACUUUUGCCAUAUAGAUCUUAAUGUCACAAGCCACAUAUACCCUGUCAAAAGCCGAUCAGCAUAUCAUAAUGAUUGUGAACAAGCAAUUAGGUAUCCUAAGGCGAGUAGUAACUACCAGGCGAUAUUUGGGUGGACAAUGAUCUCACUCAAGCAACUUGAGGAUUGUUACGGAUGGUACUAGGUCUAGUUCUAGGUUCUUACCCGAGUGAAACAGCUUGCGUUUUGAAGUGGUCGUUAGAACAUAAUUGCUAGCGUCUAUAUAACGCUUUUAUGCUCAUAAAGUUUAGUCUUGAUUCUCAUCUGUUGACAAUUACAUCCCCUUUGAUUACUAAAUUCAAAC